GGGCAGCGGCGGCCCCGAGGCGGGCGGGCGGGAGGGAGGCGGGAGCGGGGGAGCCGCCGCCGCCGCCGCCGCCCGGCCCGGCCCCGCGGUGCUGAUGGAGGGCGGAGCGGCGGGAGGCCGGAGCGCUGCGUGACACCAUGAGGCGCCGGGCUCGCCCCGCGCCCGGGCUCGCCCUGCUCUGCCUCGCCGCCCUGCUGGCCGCCGCCGCCUCCGCCCUGCCCCGCGGCUCCGCUCCCCCCGAGCCCGGCAGCGGUAGCGGGGGGACCCCGGCUGACGGAGCCCUUGGGGCUCGAGGGGCCCGGCCCGGCCCCGGUACCGCCGAGCCGCCCCCGGAGCGGCGGGAGGAGGGAGCGGAGGGAGAGCUGGAGGCCGAGGGGGACGACGAGGAGGCGGCGGAGGACGAGGAGGCCGCGGGGGGGAGGCCCGCAGGACAGCCAUGCAACUGCAGCGCCGUGGGGAGCGUCGACGCGGGCUCCUGCCAGGGCACGCCAGGACCCUGCAUCUGCCUGGAGGGCUACACGGGGCCGCGCUGCGAGAGCUGUGCCCAGGGCUUCCACCCCGACCCCAGCCGGCAGCGGUGCCUGCCCUGCGGCUGCAGCCCCGCCGGUGCCAUCGGGCCCAGCUGCGAUGACGAUGGGAAAUGCCAGUGCAAGGUUGGCGUGACGGACCUCAAGUGUGACCGGUGCAGUGACGGCUACUACAGGCUCAACGAAACCACCUGCGAGCCCUGCCAGUGCAACAACCACUCCACAGCCUGCGACCGCGUAACAGGCACCUGCCUGCACUGCCAGGGCAACACGGAGGGGAAGCACUGCGAGCUCUGCAAGGACGGCUUCUACCGAGGUGCCCGCGCCUGCCACCGCUGCCCGUGCUCCACCGUGGCAUCGACCGGCACCUGCCGAAUACGGCCUGGUGAAGCUGCCCCAACGUGCGACAAGUGCAAAGCUGGCUACACCGGCCCCAACUGCAACCAGUGCGACAGCGGCUACUACAACUCGGACAGCAUCUGCGUCACGUGUCAGUGCAACGGCAACGUGGACCCGGCGCUGUCCCCCAGCAUCUGCAAGCCGGAGAGCGGGGAGUGCAUCGGCUGCCUGUACCACACCGCUGGCUUCCACUGCCAGGAGUGCGAGGACGGCUACGUGCGAGACCCCGAGGGCACCAACUGCACCAGGAAAGAAGCCACUCUUGGCCCAGAAGCAAGAGAGUUUACAACUUCUGCUCCAAGAGAGUUUACAACUUCUGCUCCAAACGCUAGCAAGGCAACCUCAUUCCCAACUGCAGUGAUAAACAGCACAUUGGCACCAACAACUAUCCAGACUUUAUUUCCUAUAAGUUCCUCUGACAACAGCACCUCUGCUUUUGCAGAUGUUUCUUGGACUCAGUUUAACAUAAUUAUUUUGACAGUUAUCAUCAUUGUUGUGGUCCUGCUAAUGGGCUUUGUGGGUGCCGUCUACAUGUACCGUGAGUAUCAAAACAGAAAACUGAACGCUCCUUUUUGGACCAUUGAACUCAAAGAGGACAACAUCAGUUUUAGCAGCUACCACGAUAGCAUCCCCAACGCUGAUGUUUCGGGGCUGCUGGAAGACGACGGGAAUGAAGUGGCACCGAACGGACAGCUAACGCUGACGACUCCCAUGCACAAUUACAAGGCUUAGAAGAAGAAGCAAUCCUCUUCCAAAGUUGGCUUGAAGAAGUUACAGGGCUUGUUGGAGGGGUGUCAGGAUCCGUGCCGAGGUUCCAUGCAGAGGAAUUUGCUCUUCGGAUACUCGUAUGCUGGGCAUGCUGUAGCUUGCAGGUGAACAGAAAAAAGGUGUAGUACAUCUGAAUUUUGGGCAAUAUGGUGAGUUGCGUUCGGUGUCUUGUUCUCCGUAAAGACCCACUGAGUUCACUGCUGUUAAAGACUUGAUUAUGCUGAUCUUAAAAUGUGUUAUUUAUAAAGAGGUGAUGGGGUGGCAAAAGCCAUACCCCGGGAUUAAUCAGAAGCUACUGUAUUUCCAGCCAAUCUAACACUUACGCCUGCAUCCUUUAGCUUGAAAAGUAGCUUAUGAAUUAACAGUGGAUUUUCAGGAAACAGACCUUUGUGAAGGCUUCAUCUUAGUUCCUGAUAUGAAUUUGUUUGAAAAGGAGGACAAAAAAAAAAGGGAAAUGGUUGUUCACUGUACUACCAAGAGGCAAGUAGAGGAGUGAGUUGCACAACUGAACAAAAGUCACCAUUGUCUGUUCCCACUAAGCUGGGAAACAGGAAAAAGUAUCACAAAAAUAUUGGAGUUAGGGAGGAGAGUAAGCUUUUCCCUUUCUGAGUAUUUAUACAGGGUGAUGAUGCUAUUAAAACAUAGCAAUCCGCUUUUUUUUCUAGAAGAAGUUAAUGAACUUGUAUAGUUUCCGUGCAAGGGAAGAUGACAAGACAUCUCAGGGUUGCUGUGUAAAAAUAAAAGCUAGGCUUGAUACCUUACCCUGAUAGAAAUGGCGUGUUCUGUAUAUAAAAUGUAAUAUAUCUUCUUGGAAUUGUAUUUGUAAUUAUUUGUAAAAAAGACAACCAACCAAAAAAACCCAACAACAAAACCAUGGACCCCCUCCCCAGCCUCCCCUAUUCCUCCGUCAUAUUUUAUCAUCUAGAUUUUAAUUGUACAGCAGUUAGUGGCAUUGUUUGAAAAGAAAAACAAACCCUGAGGAUUGUUUAAAAUACUGUAAAUUAGAUGGCAAUAUUGUUGGAGCUGGGACUCUGGCAAACACCCCCUGCUUAAAGCUUUUCUUCUAGCGUGUCAUCGAAGAACUUUCUUUUCUAGAGCAAAUGUGAGUGCUCUCUACUUGCAUCUGUCACAUUUCCCUGUUCCUUUAGAUAUAAACAGCCAGCGACACCACGAGUAGGGCCUAACGGGUGUCCAGCAGUCCCAUGUACCAUUUUGUUACUGCUUUUAAAUCUUUAUACGAGCUGCAAAUACACUGUUGUGGAUGCAUUGAGAGCCUGGUCUCGAUGGCUGAGCUUUUCCUGUGUGGAUGCUCAUCACGCUGGGAUCUCGCUGCCCUCCCUCCUGUGCCCACACGGUGCUGGGGAGGGCUGGGCGCAGCCUCGUGGCCUCUCUCGAAGGCAAAAAUCUCCUGGAUUUGGGUGGAAAUGGUUUUCAGCUGCAGAGCUCGCACGAGGUGAUCUGCACUUCCAGCCCUAAAGCUGGCAGUGCAUGGGUGCUUUCAGGAACGUCACGUAGCACAAGGUGGUGGGGAAUCAGCUGCCAAAAAACCUACAGGGGACUGUAGAUUUUAGAGAUUCCCCUAAUUUUUGGGGGGAGCAGCAGAAGGAGAACAGCAAACAGGCAGCACAGCACAGAGAGGUCACUGCCACCCGCGGCACUUGUGCCUCAGGGCAUGUACCGUGCCUGUGCCACGGAGCCAACAGGUCGGCCCCCCAAAAACCAACCCCAUUACACCGAAGCAGGGCGUGAAACUCCUAUUUCACCAAACUCGUGGCCAGCCUCAGAAGGAAAGCUGCGUUGGUGUGCGUGUGGGUGCUUUGCAGGCGCUUGGUGCUGAGGAGGAAUGAAGAAGUACCUGCUCAAGGUCAGCAGGAGCUGACUGACGCAUCCUCAGAGCUGGGCAAGAGGGAAUAUUUCUCCGUGUGAGAAAUGGUAGGAAGAAUGGUGGUGAUUAUUUAUUUCUGCAUGGAGCCUUUUCUUAUUGUUGGAGACUUUUUUUGGGGGUGUGGGGGGAAUAGGCGCUUUAAAUACAGGCACAAAGAUGUCAUUUCUGCCUCAGAAAGUUGCUGCCUGAUUUGAAGAUGAGGCAGAGCAAGGAAGGAAAGUAGCCGAGGAUGGCCAAGGGAAAUGGUGAGAGCACAACGAGAUAUUGCUUACAGGCAAACAUGGAAAAGCUCCUGCUGCCUGCUAGGGGCCUGGGUGAGGUUCUGUGGUUUCAGGUGAUAAAUCGGGCUGAAGUCACUCAGAGCAAUCCUACUUUUAGGUGUAAAACAGGGGAGGAAUGGAGGAGAAAAUCUGCAUAUUGCUAAUCCCUGAGUUACUCACCCAGCUUUUAAAGAGCAGAGUGGCGGCAAAAGAGAGGAUUUCCCCAAAAUCGGAAUUGUUUGGCAGUGCUCGUUUUGUGAUAGGCUUGCACUUGGUCACUUCAUAGGGUGGGGAAAGGGAAUUUGGGAACUGUUAGCUUCUGGGGCUAAUGCGAGCAGGCAAAGUGAAGGACAGGCUGUUCACUCCAAUGGUUCCAAACCAUUUUAGUAGGUGCCACAAAGCGCCUCUUCCCCAGCUUUGGUAAAGCUGUAGGCUGUUUUAGGAUGUGGCACUGGGACACUGCUCGUCAGAUGGCGAGAUGAGUGAGCAGGAAAAAAGCUGCCCGUCUCCAGCCAGCCAGACCUCCGGCUUAGGGGAACGACAUUUGUAAGGGGAGAUCGAUGCCUCAGCAGGGAAGAACAAACAGCUUCAUGUCAACUUUGAUCUGAGAUCAGAUCCUUGCUGCCUUUCAGUCGUGCAGCCAGCCCCUGGGCACGGCAGGGGCUGAGACAUCUGGUGAAUGGUGCUCGGGUGAAGCCGAGCUGGUUACAUCUCCCGUCAGCUUGGGUUGGACUUCUAGGGCUGGCGUGGCGAUACAGACACCCCGAGCUUUCAUCUUUUACCUGGCUGUGGUGCUGUCUGGCUGCAGUGGCGUGGUGUUGUGGAAAAAAGCCCUUGAAGGGAUGGUACAGAAGCUGUAGAGCGUAGAGAAGGUACGAUGAGGUGGGUAUGGGUGGGAAGCCAGCUCUCCACACAUGAUCCUCGGGGCUGUGUGGUCCCUCUGGACCUGGUCUGGAUGGGGUGAGUUCAGCUCCACAGUCAGAUAGCUAAAGGCAAGAGGAUAUAAUGGAGUGGUUAAAGGGCAAAAAGCAAUGAUGUGUCAAAGGCAUGAGGCAGCCUGGCUGGCUCACAACUUAGGAGAGCAUUUGGUAAGCACAGAGUGCAACAGACAUCUGAAAGUAUGAUUGGGUUAACGCGAGCAGAUGAUCUUAAAUCUUCCGAACCACUGUAGCUAGAAAUAACUGCAUGGAGCACUAGCCCUGGGGAGCUGUCAGGAGCUGUCAUCCCUUGGAAUGAUAAUUCCCUUGGACCAGGCUGAGCAAACUUAGCGCGUUGGAAGCCAUUUGUGCAAGUGGAGGGGAUGUAUUCAGCAUCCUCCAGAUAUCCUGGGCCAGUUAACCGCUGCUGUUCAGCGCCUCUUUCCGAAAUGUUACACGCUAUGUAAAUGUGGCAGAAAGUUCGCACAGUCUCCUUUAAAUAAAAGAUAUAAGAUUGGAUCCUAAAAAUAUGUUUCUCUUUCAAGUGAAGUUUGAAAAUGAGCUCCCCCAGGAUUCUGCUCUUUGUGUGUCAGAGGGAUGGAAUAAAAUAAGAAAAAUAUGGGCCUUAAAGUUGUACUUGCUCCCAACUGAAACCCAUCAGUCUUACUAUACAUCCAAAUAAGGCGUCUCCUAAGCAUAUGCUAUGCUUACAAAUGCAUUUCUAAAAUGAAAAAAGUGUAUGAUUUGAAUAUAUGUCAGAAUUUAUACAGAAGAAUGUUAUUUAAAAUGAAUAAAAAUAAAUGUAUAUAAUUUGUAUCUAUGCCA